AUGGUGACCAAAACAGAAGAGACGCAAUUGAAUAGAUUGGAGAGUCAAGUGGACAAUGGAGGAGGAGGGGCAUGGGAGUAUCUCUGCUUGGUUAGAAAGCUCAAAGUUAGGCGUUCUGACAAGGUGUUAAAGCAUGGUUUGUCGAUCUUGAAUGAUUCCAAGAAAAGAUCCAGUCUUGGCCCUGAAGAAUGGACUCUAUACGAACAGGUUGCAAUUGCAGCCAUGGACUGCCACUCUCUUGAUGUUGCAAAGGACUGCGUAAAUGUGUUGCAGAAGAAAUUUCCAGAGAGCAAAAGAGUUGGCAGACUGGAGGCAAUGUUGCUUGAAGCAAAGGGAUCUUGGGGACAGGCAGAAAAGGCUUACUCAAGCCUUUUAGAGGACAAUCCUUUUGAUCAGGUAGUACACAAGAGAAGGGUAGCUUUGGCAAAGGCCCAAGGCAAUUUGUCAGGAGCGAUUGAAUGGCUCAAUAAAUAUCUUGAAACAUUUAUGGCUGAUCAUGAUGCUUGGAGAGAGCUUGCUGAGAUAUAUGUCUCCUUGCAAAUGUACAAGCAAGCAGCAUUCUGCUAUGAGGAGCUGAUAUUAUCUCAACCUACAGUUCCACUCUAUCAUUUAUCCUAUGCUGAUGUUCUUUACACUCUUGGUGGACUCGAAAACCUUAUGACAGCAAAGAAAUAUUAUUCUUCCACCAUAGAGUUGACUGGGGGCAAGAAUACCAGGGCGCUUUUUGGUAUUUGUUUGUGUACAUCAGCCAUUGCACAGCUUUCAAAAGGACGAAACAAAGAAGACAAGGACAGUCCAGAUUUGCAAUCGUUGGCAACAGCAGCUUUAGAGAAAGAGUACAAGCAGAGAGCUUCUGGCAAACUCUCUGUGCUCACUUCAGCUUUUAAAAGCUUGAAAGUUUCAUCAUAA